AUGGAUCCGAAUCUAAAGUUGGUCCUGGAGGAGAUCCAAAAGUCCAAGGAGGAGUUCGGCCGUCGUUUCGACGAGCACCACGAGCAGUGGGAGCGGCGCUUCGCCGAUCUCGAACUUAGCCGCUCCGCCCGUGACGCCGCCGUCGACAAACGCCUCGACUCCCUUGAGCUCGCGGGCGCCGACACGGCGUACACCAUCGGCCGCCGCGUCGCCGAUUUGGAGGCCGUCCGCCUCGAUGUCUUACACGACGAGCGCGACGACCGCGUCACCGCCCUCGAGGUGGCCGCCACGGACCUCGGUACUUGGGGCCCCGAGAUGGAGGCGCUCGUCGACGACCUGCGACUCGAGAUGCAGAAGUUCUCUCAGAGUCACGACUCGAAGGUGUUCGACGUUUUGCCUCAAUGGCCUACCGUCGUCGCCUCUUCCUCCUCUACGCCCAGUGGGCACGGCGAUGCGACAUCUCACCGGGAUGGUGAGUUCGGGACCGGUGCGGUCUGGACUCACGUCCCGGUCAUGGGUAAGCAAUCCGAUCCUCCUCCUCCUCCUCCUCCUCCCAUUCAUCCGCGCUCGACACAGCAGCUUCCGCACCGGCCACCUGCUCCACCGUUUCCUUCUCCACAUAUUCCUACGCGUCCGCACCCUUCUCCGCAUCCACCACGUCCUCCUCCACUUUACAUACCUCCUCGUCCACCAUUUGCGACUCCUCGCCACCCAACUCCUUAUGAUUCCCCUGACCUGCAACACCCAACUGGACGCCUUCCUAAGCUUCCUUUUUCUAAGUUCGAUGGCGAAAACCCACGCCUCUGGCGCUCUCGCUGUGAGCGAUACUUCACCAUGUACGCCGUAGAUCCCUCACUUUGGGUUAGCGUAGCCACCAUGUUUGUGGAAGGUGCCGCUGCAGGUUGGUACGAAUCCAUCGAAAACACUCCAGCUACUGCCAAUUGGACCUCCUUCUGUCAAGCCUUGCACGAUCGUUUUGAUCGCGACCAGAAAGAAGCAUUAAUUCGCCAAUUGUUCCACAUCAAACAAACUUCUACGGUGUUGGAUUAUGUCGAGCGUUUCUCCAUCUUAAUCGAUCGUCUAAAGUCCUAUUCUGCUUCUACUGAUCCCCUGUUUUAUACCAUGAGAUUUAUCGAUGGCCUUCGGCCCGACCUCAAAGCUAUGAUUCUAGUUUCUAGGCCCCAAACACUCGAUGCUGCUAUUUGCAUGGCUCUUGUGCAGGAGGAGGUGGCUGGCCAAUCGGGCGUCCAGUCUUCGUUCCGUUCGUCGGCACCGGUUGAGUGGUCUCAAAAACCUACACCACGGACCGCGUUGCCGCUUCCACAACCUCCGCCUCGUGCCGAGAAGCCUGUGGUGAAGCCUGCAGCUGCCGAGCCCACGGCAACAUAUUCGGCAUCUGGUGCUCUGGCUGCUAUCAAAGCAUACCGUCGCGCCCUGGGCUUAUGCUACAAGUGCAACGCCAAGUGGAGUAAGGAUCACCGGUGUGCACCAGAGGUAUUGCAGGCAGUUGAAGCUUUGUGGGAAUCCCUGGAUCCUGAGGUGGUGCCAGCUAUCGACACCCCUGCUGACCAAUCAACCGAGCAAGUGUUUCUAGCCAUCUCUAAGUCAGCUGUGUCCGGGGUUCCUGCUGCUCGUACUAUCCGGCUGUUGGGCUCCAUGUCAGGUAUUCCAGUUCAUAUUCUGGUGGAUUCAGGAAGUUCAUCUUCGUUUCUCAGUGACACAACAUCCAUUCAGUUACAUCACCUCGAUUCAGUACCUGUUGCUAGCUGUGUGCAAGUUGCUGGAGGUGGUGUCUUACAGAGCUCCUUGCUACUUCGCCAAGUUCCGUGGACAGUGGGAUCCUGCUCCUUUACAACUGAUUUCCGGGUUCUACCCUUGGGUAACUUCGAUGCCAUUCUGGGCAUGGAUUGGUUGGAGUCCUACAGCCCAAUGCAAGUUCACUGGGCCUUGAAGUGGUUGGCCAUUCCAUACAAGGGUCAGACUCAGCCUUAUAUCCAAUCAUCACUGUUCCACCGCUCCAACAACAAGCUAUCUUUCAAGUUCUUUGGACCAUUUCAAGUCAUUCAAAAGAUUGGUCCAGUUGCAUACAAGCUGCAACUUCCACCGGGCGCUGCUGUACAUCCAGUCUUCCACGUCUCGCAGCUGCGCUCGUCUCCUGGACAUCAGCAGGUUUCACCAUCACUACCUUCUGACUUGCUGCCGUUUCAGUUUCCGCUUCGAGUGCUGCAACGACGCUGGACAUCGGGGCCUCGCCCUGUGGCACAAGGUCUUAUCCAGUGGUCUCAAUCACCAUUGGAGCUGUCGACUUGGGAGCCGCUUGAGCAACUGCACCAACAGUUUCCACGAGCACCAGCCUGGGGACAUGCUGGUUCUGAAGAUGGAGGGACUGUUAGCUGCCGGCCACUUCCUGUGCCGGUGACUACGGAGGACGACGCGCCAGAAGCUGAACAGGAGGCUGCUCGGGCUGAUCGGCCCAAGAGACUGCGCUGGCCCAAUACAAAGAUUGCUGGCCCAAUGUGGCAAGCUUAG